GUAUGACAAUUGACUGUUCUUUGUAUGAUUUUGAAAGUUUUGUUAAAGCUAAAACGAUAUAAUAUUGUGUAAUAUCUUUAUACAGUCACGGGAGGAACAUUCAGAAUCAACAACACUUUAGACGUGUUUCCCCCGGACAACUGUGUGCAAACACCGCGGGCUCUUUGAUUUGGUUGUUUUUUGUUUUCCUUUAACCUUGUUUUGAUUUCUUAGUGCUGUCAUUAAAUAUGCAUUUACACAAACAUAUUUUAAAUGGCCGACAGGACAAAUGAAAUAUUACUCGUUCAAAUAGUUUGCUAUGGUGUUAAGUAAAUAAUUUAAUUUAGAAACAUGUCAGCUCAACUGGCUGGAGUCAUGAUAGAAAUGCCAGUAACAGCUUUUAAUUCAGUAACAUGAGUUUGUUUAUGUGGAGCGACGAGAGGUAGCAACACGACAGCUACCUUAACAAAAUAUUUAAUUUGACUUUUUAUUUUUACACAUUGUAUGUGAAGGCAUUAGUUUACAGUCAUUUAUUUUUUUUAAUGUGAUGACUACUUCAACGACAAGAAAGAUUUAUUUGGGACAACAUCGGAUUGUAAAGACAAAGGGCUUAGUUCUUGCAGAUGAGAAACCAUCACACAGACAAUCAAGUCGCCUGCAGGCGUGUUCCUCUGUGACAGAUAUAUCUGAGAAGAGAAGAUGUAAUGAGCCAACACAAAUGCAGAAUAAGCAAUGGAUGCCAGGAGACUCCACUCUGGCUAUGGAUGAGGACAUUUUACAAGCCAUUGAUGAAUUGGGUCCGGAAGUCUUGAAAUUCAAGAAAGAUGAAAACAUUCACCAAACUGAAUCGGCAUCACUUAAGAAAAAUGUUGUCUUGCCACAAAAUAUAUGUGAGCAACAAGUACAAAAUGCAGAAAAUAUCGGCCCUUCAAGUCCAGGGUCAGUGUGGUCACCAUCAGAGCGCAAAAGAACCAGAACACAAAGCAAAAAAGAGAAUGACUGGAGGGAUUUGGCUCAAAAGCUUUUGUUCAGUGAAACCAAAAAGACUGAAGCCCGUGGCCGUGAGUUGAAACGUGACAGGGAAUAUUCUUCUUCUCAAAAGAUCCUGAACGCCAUGAAAAAAACAUCUAAAGUAGCAAAUGACAAGCAAAAGUUAAAGUUCAGAAGAGAUACCAGCCCAAAUGACUCUCUCAGUACCUCCAAGGAUUACAUUUUGUUCAGUCCGACACAUAUGGCUGCUGCUAAAGAGCGAUCCAUGUUGCAGCAGCAGAAGAGAUCAAUGAAAAACCUCUCGGUUUCUGUGCUGACCCCUCCUCCAGGACUGGAUCUUAGUGUCCUCGGUGAUGCUACACUACCAGAUGCAGCACAAAGCAUCCAUAUGGGACGUCCUGCCAAUCAGUCAGACAAGCUUAUGCUCUCCAGUUGGGGUCUCCCUAAGCCUGUUCUGGAGAAGUAUCAGAGUCUCGGUGUUCAGAGGAUGUUUGAGUGGCAGGCUGAGUGUCUGACCUUGGGCAAAGUGUUGGAGGGCCAGAACCUGGUGUAUUCUGCUCCAACCAGUGCAGGGAAAACUUUGGUUUCUGAGUUGUUAAUCUUGAAGAGAGUUUUGGAAACAAGACAGAAGGCCAUGUUCAUUCUUCCCUUCGUGUCUGUGGCACGAGAGAAGAUGUUUUAUCUACAGAAUGUAUUUCAGGAGGCAGGGGUCAGAGUGGAGGGGUAUAUGGGUAACACUUCUGCGGCUGGUGGGUUUUCAGCUCUGGAUGUCGCUGUUUGCACAAUAGAGAAAGCUAAUGGACUCAUCAACAGGCUCAUUGAAGAAGACAAAUUGGAUCUACUUGGAAUUGUUGUGGUCGAUGAGCUGCACAUGCUUGGGGACUCUGGUCGUGGAUAUCUGUUAGAACUUUUGCUGACUAAAAUCCAAUACAUUGGCCAAAAAAAGUCAGCAAGGGACUCUGGUAAAAGUACCUCACCUGAGGUGCAAAUUGUUGGUAUGAGUGCCACACUGCCAAACUUGGACCUUCUUGCCCACUGGUUGAAUGCUGAGCUGUAUAGUACAAACUAUCGUCCUGUGCCAUUGAUGGAGUGGGUCAAGAUUGGCACAAAUAUCUAUGACGGAUCUCUGAACCUGGUCAGACAGUUCACCCCAGCUCUUCCAGUUAAGGGUGAUGAUGACCACAUUGUUAGCCUCUGCUUUGAGACAGUGCGGGACGGACACUCUGCACUGCUGUUCUGCCCUUCAAAGAACUGGUGUGAGAAACUAGCAGAUAGCAUUGGAAGAGAGUUUUACAAUCUUCAUCACAAAGAAAUGCAGUCAGGCUCUGGAGUGCAAAGUAUAUGUUUGAAGCAGGAAGGUCUCCAGGAUGUAGUAGCGCAGCUCAAGCGCGCUCCUGCAGGCUUAGACCAGGUCCUUCAGCGGACUGUUCCCUGGGGGGUGGCCUUCCACCAUGCAGGUUUGACGUUCGAUGAGCGGGAUAUUCUAGAAGGAGCUUUUCGUCAAGGCUACAUUAGGGUGUUAGCUGCCACUUCCACAUUGUCAUCUGGUGUAAAUCUGCCCGCUCGACGUGUGAUUAUCAGAACCCCUGUUUUCAAUGGUCAUUUGCUGGACAUCCUGACCUAUAAGCAGAUGGUGGGACGGGCAGGCCGUAAAGGAGUGGACACCAUAGGUGAGAGUGUGUUGGUCUGUAAAGAGGCUGAACGUGCAAAGGGGACGAGUCUCAUCCAGGGCUCGCUCAAGCCUAUCAGCAGCUGUCUAGUGAAGCGGGAGGGAGAGGGCGUCACUACCAGCAUGCUCAGGGCCAUCCUGGAGAUCAUUGUUGGAGGAGUUGCCAGCUCACCACAGGAUGUGCGGAUGUAUGCUUCCUGCACUCUGCUGGCAGCCAGUAUGGCAACCGAACAACCACAUCAGGAAGGAGAUGAAUCAGAAGCUCAAAACAAAGGGGCUAUUGAGGCCUGCAUAGAGUGGCUGAUGGACAAUGAGUUCAUACAUAUACAGAAGGAAAGAGAUGUGGAGAGGUACUGCCCCACGCAUCUGGGAUCUGCAACUCUGUCCUCAUCUUUAUCACCCCCAGAAGCCCUGGGGAUUUUUGCAGAUCUUCAGAGAGCAAUGAAAGGAUUUGUGUUGGAAAAUGAUCUCCAUAUCCUCUACCAGAUAACACCUGUGUACGUGGACUGGACGACAAUAGACUGGUACCAGUUCUUCUGUUUGUGGGAGCAACUACCGUCUGCAAUGAAGCGAGUGGCUGAGAUGGUAGGCAUUCAAGAAGGUUUCCUGGCCCGUUCCGUUAGUGGCAAAUUAAUUGCUAAAACAGAGAAGCAACGCAGACAGAUGGCCAUUCACAAACGUUUUUUCACAACAUUAGUUCUGCUUGACCUGGUAAGCGAAGAACCACUUGGAGCUGUUGCAAAGAAGUAUGGUUGUAGCCGAGGACAGCUUCAGUCACUUCAGCAGUCUGCCUCAACAUAUGCAGGUAUGGUUACGGUCUUCUGUAAUCGACUUGGAUGGCACAACCUAGAGCUGCUUCUGUCCCAGUUCCAGAGUCGUCUGAGUUUUGGAGUCCAGAGGGAGUUGUGUGAUCUGGUUCGUAUUUCUUUGCUAAACGCCCAGAGAGCACGUACACUCUACAGCUCUGGGUUUGUCACUGUGGCAGAGUUGGCCAGAGCUGAUGUUAUAGAGGUGGAAAAGGCCCUUAGGAAAGCUAUCCCUUUCAAAAGCUCCAGGCAGGCGGUGGAUGAGAGCGAGGUGGAGGCUCAAGAACGCAAGAACAUGCGCUGCAUCUGGGUCAGUGGGAAAAAGGCCUUGACUGAAAGGGAGGCUGCUCUGCAGAUCGUGGCUGAGGCCCGUCUGCUCCUCCAGCAGGAUUUGGCGCUUCUUGGGGUGGAAUGGAACCCAGCUUCCCUCUCAACAAAUAUCCAGCCAGAUUCCCAUUCACCUGAGGAAUCAUCCAACACAAAACCUCUACAGUCUACAUCAAGGGUCCCAGAACAUGAAGAGGGUGAAAAUGUAAUCGCGAAUGUUGCCGGACAGAAGUUGGUGGAUAAAAGUGCUGACGUUAGUUCCCAUCCUCCUUUAAGGCCAUUAGAGUUCACUACCAGUUCAGAAAAAACAAUGGAUAUUGACUCAGGUGUGUCAUCUGCCAAGUGUCAGCCUGCUAAGAAUUGUGAACAGCAAUCAAGUGUACUGGAUAAAGUUCUCAAAUCAAUAAAUGCCAAAGAUAAGGGCUGUCACAAUAACCAGACAGCUGAGUCAUCGGAAUGCUCUUCAGAAUCACUUCAAAGGAACUCCAGACAUAACUCCUGUCUAAAAAGUACCUGCAUCUCCAGCAGUGAUCAACAUUGUGUAAGUCCAGUUUCGAAACGCAGAAGAAUGAAUGUUACAGAUGCUGAAGCAGGACCCACAGUCUUUGGAGCAAAACCGGCAACUCAAACUCGCAAAAGACCCUAAACUAAUGUCAAAAGCUGAAGAGCUUUGCUCUAAUAAACCUGAAACUGACUGUAGAAUUGAUAAAGACAAGAUAAAACUCCAAUCUUCUACUAAUGAACUGAACCAAGACACUGAGUCAAAAACAAUUUCUCACUCAUGUGCUCCAAAACAGGAUGGGGAAGCACCAAA